GGGGAUAUCUGAACACGCAACUGAUGCCGUUGGUGUCGAUCGCAAGCGUGAUGUACUCAAGGCGCUCAGCAAGCCUAGCACUAUGAAAGAUACAUGGAAAACCUUGUCUAACCAGAUGCGUGAUGAUAAGGAGUUGCUGAAGAUAGUAAGAAAAGAGGCGGCGUUUGCUGCGCGAAGGGAGUUUGCAGCACCAGGAUCUGUCAGUAGAUCUGUGCUAGAAGAGUUCGAUGUUCACAGAUAUAUUGGAGGCUCGCUAGAGAAAGUGCUGAAUAGAGUAGAAGCCAAAGUAGUGAGUUGAUUUUUUUGAUUUGGUAGCGACCACUAAUGUUCGUUUUGCGUCGUUUAGAGAUUUAAAAUGGACCAUUACAAUGACUGGAGACUCCAGUACGACGAUGACUUCGCGAAGACAUAUUAUUCGACGAUAUGGACACAUCCACAUCUACGCACGUAUGCGACAUGGUGUUGUUAUUGCUGCCAGAGAAUCCUUCUCGAGGAGCAUUACGGUGAACCAGCUGUCAUCCCUCUGACAGACCUCAUCGACUCGGCCCAACGAUGUCAGAUCUGCAGUCUCCUUCUAAGAUCCUCUAUCGAUCAUGUGAGUGAAGACGGUAACAUACGUCUACUCCGAAAUCAUGCAGGGAUUAGAGCAGACUUCUAUGGCCCGCGUCUAGUCCGGUUUAGUGCUGAUCCAAAUCUUCCUGAGCGGCAGCGGCAUAGGGUUCCUAUUGGCCGUCCAUUGCUGGCAGAUCAUGAUCGUACGGCACGCAUUCAACUGCUCCGUGCAUGGCUUCAACAAUGCGAUAAGACGCAUCGAUGUAACGAAAGAAGUACUGACAUGGUGUUUCCGACGAGAGUUCUUGAUGUGGAUGGCCUACAAUAUGCGACACACGAACCCGGUUGGAUCAGAUUGAUUGACGCUGCGGAGAAAACCACUAAUACGUACUUUGCGCUGUCUCAUUGCUGGGGCAACGUCUCAAAUGUUCAACAAAGCUACAGCACCACCCUGGAUAACCUACAACAAAGGAAGCGCGGUUUCCAUGUUUCGGAGUUACCGAAGACAUUCCAGGACGCAAUCAAAGUUGUAAGGGCUCUCGGACACCGAUAUCUCUGGAUCGACUCCCUUUGCAUUAUACAGUCUGGAGACAGCUUUGAAGAUUGGAAAUACGAAUCGACUCGAAUGAAGCAUGUAUUCUCACAAGCGUACUGCGUACUUGCUGCAACGGCAGCCAACAAUGCUCACUCUGGGUUCCUGGAUCGACAAGAGGACAGAAGAACAGAAUACGUCUGUGUCAAGGACCGGUCAGAACGCCAGUUCUACAUCAGCACUGACUUGGAUGACUUCGACAACGACGUCGGCAGAGCCAAGCUGAAUACGCGUGCAUGGGUCAUGCAAGAAUUGGUACUAGCACGGCGCACUGUUCAUUUCAGCGCCAACCAGAUGUAUUGGGAAUGCGGCAAGGGUAUACACUGCGAGAAUCUUACCAGGUUGAAGAGUAUACCCCGAAACAGACACUUCAUGUUGGACCCAGAAUUCCCUGCCCGUCUUUUGGGCGCGUUUGAUCGGGAUGCUAUGUUGAACUGUAUCUUCUAUCUGAUUGAAGAGUACUCGAAACGCGACAUUACUUUCCAAAGGGACCGACCAAUCGCAAUAUCUGGGCUUGAGGAGCGUAUCGCAGAAGCACUGGACUGUGAAAGCAGAUUCUGCGUCUUUGAGAGAUAUCUCCACCGGAAUCUUCUUUGGAUGCACACAGACAACACCAAAGCGACUCAGUAUCACGACUCUGUCCCGUCAUGGUCGUGGCUGGCUGGCUCAGGGCCGGUCGUGUUUGACGAGGAGGAUGAAUCUGGCACUUUCGAACUCAACACAAGCAUAUCGUUCCACAGUCAGCGCCAAGAAGCACUGUUAGCAGACCUAGGCGUGUUUGUGGACUGUAUACUGAAACCCCGAGACGAGAAAUACGAGCAGGAGUACCAGACCUUGUAUAUCCGGGAUACCGCUGGGUCCAUCAAGAAUUGGCUGUCACCUGAUUACAUUUUCUGGGAUUCGGAUGGCGGGAUCAAAGGGUGGUGGGAGCCUGACUGGAAAGAUUCGGAGAGUUUCGACAACUUGCACUGUGUUAUCGUGAGCCAGAGCAGUAACAGAUCCAACGGCAAAAGGUACAGCCUUAUACUGGCUGUUGUACCAACCGGUAGAGAUGGAGAGUAUCGGAGAGUAGGCACGGGGUCGGUCUACGAAGAGUGUAUCAUCAAGGUACAAGAAGGAAUACUGAUUGUGUAGCGUGAGGGCCGAGCGAUACACGUAAUUGUCGAUGUUUGCACGAUAUGUUGUAAGAUCUAUCCAUGGGUCAUGGGACGUUAGUUGAAA